GUUAAGUCAUGUCAAGAUUACGUGUAUAGCGUAUCAGACAAUAUCCCUGUUCUUACCCUAAAGCGGCUGGCUGAGAUCGAUCUCCCGCCGACAUGCGGACCCCACGCCCCUCUCUUGGGCUCCUCCCGAUUAAGGCCCCGGCGGCGGCCCUCGCCUCCCCUGCCUUCUUCUCCCAAUCAUCACCGUCCUCCUCGAUUCCUCCUCCUACUUCUUGACGAAUUGCGCGUGCACCCGAUCCAAGAAAGAGGCCGGCCCGAGGCGAAUGGCGAAGGGCGGGCUGGGGAAGCUCCGGUGCAUGAUCAGGAGGUGGCACUCGUCCGGCCGCAUCGCCCGUGCGCCGUCGCCGGGCGAGGACGGCAACAUCGCCGACGUGGACGCGCGCGGUGCGUCAUUCCACGGCGCGGAUGAGGUGCCCAAGGGCCUGCACCCCGUCUACGUCGGUAAGUCGCGCCGCCGAUACCUCAUCGCCGAGGAGCUCGUCGGCCACCCGCUGUUCCAGACCCUCGUCGACCGCACCGGCAGCGGCGGCGGCGCCGGUGAGGCGGGCUGCACGGUGGUCGGCUGCGAGGUGGUCCUGUUCGAGCACCUCCUCUGGAUGCUGGAGAACGCGGACCCGCCACCGGAGUCCCUCGACGAGCUCGUCGAGUACUACGCGUGCUGAGACCGAGCAGCCACCCGGCCGGAGCCUGCGUCGCCGGCCGUGACGGAGAUGGAAGCUUGUCGAAGCUGCGGCGGUAUAAAUGUUUUCAGUAGGUGUAGUCUGUAGAUGCGUGAUAAACGCCAAACGCCAGGGGUGAAGUCGAGACCACGUCGGAGUGAUUCGCUCUCUUUGGGUUCGCUAAACCUCGGCAUCGGUGAUGUAAUUGAAGAGCGGUUACAUAAUUGAUUGACACCACUGUGCUGGCGGUUGCAAGUCGAACUCGCUAUGAAGCGCGUUCCUGUGGUUGCAAAUGGUGAUA